UAUACACCGCAGCUGGACUGUACUACGUUUCUCUUGAACUUUCUCUGCCACGUGGUUGUAUCGAUAAUCCGCGACUCUUAGGCUAUCAAAAUGAAGUUCCUCACCUCUAUCCUGCUUCUCAUUUCAUCCUCCUCGGUCCUGGCAAUUCCCACAGGGAUGCCACUAAUCAGGACCAACGGGAACACAUCACCAUCUACCUGCACAGGAGGAGGCGGUGGUAUAACAAACAACGCCGGCCAAGGCUCGUCAAACUCCACAACAGGUGGCGGCAAUGGUGGAGGAGCCUCAGGGAACAUCAACCCAAGCCUGGUCCCAGACUUUGGCGUGGCUCAGAAUGCCAAUGCCAACGCGAGGCAGCAAGGGUCGUGCGACGGCUUCAAUGCGGCCAGUCAGUCGGUCGUCAACAUCCCGUGCUCAUGCCCGCCAUCCCGGGCGGCGUUUCUCGCCGCGCUGGAUAAGAACGUUGCCGCAGGCAGCGUGCAGGGCGACAAGGUCGAGUUCAACAACGACGCCAGCGACCAGAGCGCCGCGACCAACAAGCAGCGGGCGACAGCUAUGCUGGUCACACUGCAGAACCUGAAUGGUGCUGGUGUCGGCUGCCCUGCCGCGAGUGCGCCUAACUUUGCGGUCAUGCAGAAGACCGGGGUGCUCGCGUCGAAGGCAUUUGUGCAGUAGACUACAUUCAUUGCUGAGGAGUUCAAAUCUCAUCAAAUUGGAGACGAGAUUAUGAAGGGUUUCU